AUGUCCAGGACGGUCUUCGCGCUCAUCGUCAUCAACAAGGCCGGCGGUCUGGUCUACAACCGGUCUUUCACAGAAGGUGGCCUCAACCAGCUGAGCACAAACGACUACCUGAUAAUAGCAGGUACAUUCCAUGGUGUCCAUGCCAUCACAACCCGCCUCAAUCCCCUCAAGCACCUCAAGGGAGCCGCGACGGGCGGCGCAGCAGGCGCAUCCGGAAGCCCCAAUGUCGGCGGCACAUCAGGCGCCAACGGCAAACCCCCUCCGGGCACGGUCAUGACACCGGCCGGCCUGGCGCCCAGCCGGCCUGAUCCGCCAUCGGGCCUCGAGGUGCUCGAGACGGAAAACUUCCGCAUGCAGUGCUUCAACACUCUGACAGGCACCAAAUUCCUGCUGUUUACCGACACAGCACAAGCAAACGUCGAUGCCACAAUGCGCCGUGUCUACGAUAUGUACUCUGACUACGUCAUGAAGAACCCUUUCUACCAGCUGGAGAUGCCCAUCCGCUGCGACAUGUUUGACCGGAAACUCAACUCGUACAUCCGCGAGAUCAACAACCGGUAG